AGUUACAGAGACAGCUACAGAGAGUUACAGACAGCUACAGAGAGCUACAGAGACAGCUACAGAGACAGCUACUGAGAGUUACAGAGAAAGCUACAGAGACAGCUACAGAGCCAGUUACAGAGAGACAGCUACAGAGAGACGGCUAUAGUGAGACCGCUAUAGAGAGACGGCUACAGAGAGAUACAGAGACAGCUACAGAGAGACAGCUACAGAGACAGCUACAGAGAGACGGCUAUAGAGAGACCGCUAUAGAGAGACCGCUAUAGAGAGAUAGCUACAGAGACAGCUACAGAGAGACCGCUAUAGUGAGACCGCUAUAGAGAGACAGCUACAGAGAGAUACAGAGACAGCUACAGAGAGACAGCUACAGAGACAGCUACAGAGAGACGGCUAUAGUGAGACCGCUAUAGAGAGACAACUACAGAGAGACGGCUAUAGAGAGACAGCUACAGAGAGACGGCUACAGAGACAGCUACAGAGAGACGGCUAUAGAGAGAGACAGCUGCAGAGAGAGAGAUACAUCUAUACACGCAGAUACUGAGGUCUCCAUUCCACGUUAUGGUGGUCGAGUGCCGGCGAUUCGCAGUGGGGAGACAUGAGGGACUGGGGUGGAGAAGUAAAGGGAGGAGAGGAGGAGGUGGUACCCGUGACUGUGGCACAAGAUGGGGCCCUCAUUGAUGGGGUAAAUGGAUCAUUGAGGGAUGGGAGGUGUGGGUCAUGGAAGGAUGGGGUGGCCGUGGUGAUGGCCACGGAACAGGAGGUCGAAGAGAAGAAUGAGAAGGAGCAGCAAAAGGAGGAGGGGGUGAUACUGGGAGAUGCUAAGGAGGAAGGCGGGGUGCCGCCGCCCGCCCCCAAGCCGUGCUGCCCUGGUCUGGGCCUGUUGCUCGCGCUAUUCUCGUCGCUGAUCUUUUCCGUGAUCUCGGCGCUCGUCAAGCUCGUGGACCCCGUGCACCCACUCACCGUGGCAGCGUGCCGCUGCUUCUUCCAAGCCGUCUUCAUCCUCCCGGCGCUCCUCUACACAGGGCAGCCCCUACUGGGCCCCCCGGGGCAGCGGGUGAGCCUGGUGAUUCGCGCCGUAUCCGGCUCAUCAGCGAUGAUGCUGCUGUUCUUCGCGGUGCGCUCGGUGCCGCUGGCAGACGCCACGGUCAUCGCGUUCAGCAGCCCGGCCUUCACGGGCCUGCUCGCCUGCUGCUGUUUGCGCGAGCGCUGCCGGCCCUGGGAGCCGCCGCUCACCCUGUUGGCACUCACGGGAGUUGUCCUCAUUGUGCGUCCGCCCUUCAUCUUCGGUGACGGAGAUGGUGACGACUGGCUCUCGGAUUCCUCCUCAUCCUCGUCACGCCGACUCUGGGGCUCGCUGGCGGCGCUGGGCACGGCGCUGCUGUCGGCCGUCACUAUCGUGGUGCUGCGCCGCAUGGGCUCGGCGGUGAGCACCCUCGUCUCCACGUGGUUCUACAGCGUCCUCGGCCUGGGCCUGGCCCUGGCUGCGCUGGCGGUGGUCUCAGCGCUCGACCCCGGGGCGGCGCCAGCGCUGCCGCCAUGCAACCCACCGUGGCUGCGACCAGCUCUGCUCGCCUCUGGCCUGCUCGGCGUGGCGGCGCAGAUGCUGCUGAGCCGGGCACUGCAGUUGGAGCGCGCUGGGCCCGUGGCGCUGGUGCGCACCGUGGACGUGCUGCUGAGCCUCGCGUGGCAGCAGCUGCUGUUUGGGGAGCAGGACGGCGCCGUGGGGGCCUGGACCCUGGCCGGCGCGGGCUGCGUGGUGACCGGCACGGCCGGCACGGCUGUCGCCAACCUGGUGUCAACGGCGCGCCAGCAGAAGGGGGAGAAGAGGAGGAGGAAGGAGGAGGAGAGAGAGAGUGUGAGAGAGAAAGAGGCGAUCGCAAUCAGCAGCCUGUAGCGCUGGUGGUGAGAGAGGAGGAGCCAGCAUCAGCACCAGCAGCAGCAUCACCAGCCUUAAUAGGUGCUCGCGAAAACGACUUGCCCCUUCAGCCUAUUUAGCCGACACGGGGGAUCUUUAUCUGUGAUAGAGAGACCUCGACAAUUACUGAAUUCAUUCUCAGCCAUGCAAGUUGUUGGCUGUGUCCCCAUGUCUCUGUCUCCCAGUGUAUCUGUGUCCCCUUGUUUCUGUGUCCCCGCGUCUCUGUGUCCCCAUGUCUCUGUAUCCCCAUGACACCGAGUGCCUUCACACUGCACUACCGCAUCGCUGUGGCCGCGAGCCGCUUCACCGUGUUCGCGGUCGUCACACACGACGCAAAUCUUCUGCCAUGACCACGACCAAUCUACCACUGGAUGAAGGCCUCCCCAAGCUGUUGCCCAUCUCUCAGGGUCCUGCGAUGUAGCAGUCCGCCCGUUGUCCCGGGCACGCGCGCCGAGUCCGUCGCUCCGAGUUGGUGGCAGACAUCCUCCGGUGUACGCCCUCCUCUGGCUGCUCUGCUGCGGCGCGUCCCGUCAGCAGUGGCACCACCACGAUGCCGAGUUCCCUAUCUAACCCGUGCGUGCCUCUUCAUCCUGUCUCUCACCCAACGUUGACGGUGUCCGUGGGUGGGGGACGUACGGAUCACGUGCACGGACGGUGUCCAUGCUGUUGUACUCAUCAAAGUGCGCUGGUUUGUUAUACCUGUGGUGGUUUGCCAGCGCACUGUGAAGUGCCUCCCUACUGAGUCUCAAGACUCUUUCUAAGGAGGGUCCUGCUUAGUUUUCGCAGUGGGGAGCAAUGUUUGCUGCUAUGCGUGUAAUUCCUAUCCAGUAAUUUGUGAGGCAGUUUUUCGGAUUUAGUAAAGUUGGACCGUUACGCCACCACGAUGGGCUACUAUCGCGAGAAUGACAUCACGGGAUGUUUAACUUCCACUGCAAGGGAAGCGGACAUAUUUAUAUGGUUCAUACUCACAACACCCGCACGGUGUCAACCAGGGCGGCCUUCGGGAUUAUGACGGCGAACCUUGCCACAAGCAGUGAACGUGCUACCGCUGGGACACCCUGCCUUCCCCGCUGAGACUUCGACCCUCUUGGGAUGUUUUGCCAACAUGACGUAUUAGCAUUCGCCAUAUGACCAAAUCACCCACAGUUGAGCCUGUGGGCUAAGCUGCUGUGACAUAAUAACUUGGCUGUAACGAUCACCACAGGUAUAACAACAUCAGUGCCAUUAAUUUUUUGGGAAAAAAAAUCUCACUUGAGAUCUCGAGACUAUGUUUUCAGAGAGGGUCCUGCUCCAUUCGGGUAGCAGAGUGGUAUUGCUCUUGCCUCACAGCAAGAAGGGGUUUGGGUUUAAUUCCUAGCCCGAGCUCCUGUCUCUGAGGAGUUUGUGUGUUCUGCCCCUGUUCUGUCGAGUGUGCGUGUGAUGUGUGCGGUGGUUAGCACGAACAUCGGUGACGGAUAUGUCAACCGGUUUCUGGGGCCUCACUUAGGUCGACUCAGCUUUAAAUGAGCACCUGGAGUAGUGUGUAAAAAUGUGCCGUGGCUUCAUAGGUACUCGCUGACAGCAUUUACCCCGAGUUAGUUGAAGGCUACAUGGGGGAUCUUUGUCUGUGUGUGACCAGACAUGCGUUACUCUGUUGACCCCGGGCGUCAUGCAAUGCGGUGACAACGGUUCCCGUGUAUGAGCCCCUCCUGAGAGCCGACGCACUCCGAUGUAUAACCUAUACCUAAGUGUGCACCUCACACUGGCCCUGCCAGCGCCAGACAGGGUGUGAGUGUGGCUAGGGCGUGGAGCAGUGGCGCAGUGGUUAGUAUGCUGCUCUAAGCACCGAACUACCAGAGUUCGCUACCCAUUCACAGCUAUUGUGAGUGGUGGUUUUUGGCUUACCCUAGGUUGGCUCAGCCUUAAGCAAAAUGAGUACCUGUUACCAUUGUGUACAAACAUCAGCAUUGGGGAGACAAUGGAGACCGGGCGUGGUGAUGCUGGCCACACCCCCUCGUGUCUUAAUAGGUGCUCGCUAAUUGCACUCACCCCGUCAGCCUGUGUAGGCUACACGGGGGAUCUUUGUCUAUAUGUGUGUAAUGUGUGUUAUACACAGUGCCUCACAUUUUCCCUAACUUGUCUUGUCUUGUUUUCAGCCAUCCUUGAUCCGAGGUUUGGCCGCACCAUGGGCAAUCCUUUGUCACUGAAUUCUGUCUUCUGCUAUCCUCAUUGUCUAUUCCAGCGUGAGCCUUGUCCAUGCUUUGAUGUUAUAUAUCCAUGUCAUCCUUCGUCUUCCUCACGCACGUGAACUGGGUAUUGUGCUUUGCAUAAUCUGCUUUUCCAAACUAGUUCCAUUUUUUUCUCAUAACAUGACCAUAGUAGGAUAGUUUUCUUAAUGUUAUCACCUCUCAACACCAGCUUUCUCCAAAACCCAUUCAUUUGUUUUCUUUUCAGUCCACUAUACACAUACUAUCCACCCGAGUCCUUUAAUUUCAAAGGCAUUUAUUUAUGCCUCGUCGUUCUUCUUGAUUGUCCAACUUUCACAACCAUACAAAGCAACUGGCCACACAAAGGGAUGCAGAAGUCUGAUCUUCGUUCCAAUGGGGAUGCUGUGAAUCUUCCAUAUUUUCUUCAGGGAUCACCCAAUUGUCUGACCCUUAGUUUAGCUUGAAUUUAUUUUGAUCACCUCGCAUCUUCAGUGAUGACUGCUCCAAGAUAUGGAAAGGUGUCCACUUGCUCCAGCUGGAUGCCUUGCAUCCAGAUGUGGCAGGCUGCUCCAUCACUGCCCAUCACUUUGAUCUUGUCCACAUUGAUGAGGUUAAACGUGCGACUAACCCAAUCUAAGCGAUCUGUCAACUCCUGCAACUCCACCUGAGAACCGGCAAGAAAAAAUAUGUAAUCGGCAUACCGAACAUUUGUUACUCAUCACCUUUCGAUCUGGAUUCCUCCGAAGAAACCAUCAAGUGUUUCUCUCAUUCCCGUUUCAGCCAAGAUGUUAAAUAAGUCUGUAGAAAGGACACAACCCUGUCUGACUCCCUUUCUGACAUGGAAACCAUUCGGACAGUGUCUCCACCACUUUGACUCAAGCAAGUUAUUUCUGAUAAAGUUUGGCCAGUAAGUCAAUCAGAUGUACUGGGAAUCCCAUGUCCGUCAUGGUUCGCCACAGCUUAUCAUGAGGAACCGAGUUAAACGCUUUCUGAAAGUACACAAAUCACAUAUAUAAUGGCUGAUUAUGUCCUCUUAUCUUGUGCAUGAGGAUUCUGAGAUUGGUGACUUGUUCUCUGGUCCCUCUCCCUUGCCAGAAUCCAGCUUGCUCAUCUGCAAUCUCGUAUUCUGUUUUCAAACCAGUGCUAUUGUCCUGUAAUUUGUGCACUGUUUAGGAUCACCCUUCUUUGGAACUAGGAUAAAUGUAGAGUAUGUCCAAUCCCCUUGCCAUUCACCAGUUUCCCAGAUUGCCACACAUGUUGCAUCCUGUCACGUACCGACUCCCCUCCUUUAAACAAUUCCACAGGGAAGUCAUCUGGACCCGUAGACUUACGACUUUCUGUCUGAUGAAUGGCUCGAGCAACUUCUGAAUGAAGGGGAGGAGGCCUUAACAGAGAAACGGAUUUAAUUAAUGGCUCCACAGACCUAUACGCGACACCAGCCUCUCGUCCAGCAGUGGACGGGCAAAGUCGGGGAGGUGGGGUGUGCAUGCUGCGCUGCGGUUGAUGGACUGGCUGACAGUGGAUGGACCUGCACAGUUUGAUUUGAGAUGAUUACGUUAACGUUAAAACCAGAGAGGGCGCAAGGUCGCACUGACCUUGGGGGAAUCUGGGGCCCUCGGGGAACUCAGGACUUAGGCCACAUCGGUCUCCUGCACCGUCCCUAAAUUCUAGGCUCGUGUUGAAUCUUUUCCACACACAUUUUUCAGAGUGCUGUUUGUUGCUGGCCGCUUGACGUUUUGGGCCUGUGCUCAGUAAUUGCAUUAAACUACAAAACACCUGUGCUUUCUCGCUAUUUGGACAUUAAUAAGACAUACACCCUUCCUCAUAUUUUGUAAUUCAGAUAGAUUUUUUACACAUUCUGGAGUCUCAAGACUUUUUCAGGAGGGUCCUGCCAACUGUAGGGGGCGAUGAUUGCUAUGCAGAUUCCAGUUGAGUAUGCGGUGUCAGUUUUCAAAUCUGUACUGAGACGCUGGAAUACAAUGGCCUACUCUUGCAAAUAACACCACAGGAUCUUGAAGGUCCAGUGUGAAACAGCACGUGGUAUUUGCACGGUUACUAAACACCACGAUAUUAACCAGGGCGGCCACUGCAUUUAAAGUGUUAACCUCCACAUGGCAGUGUGGGGGUCGUGGUCGUGCUACUGCUGCUAAUGUACAGCUCUCCCGUGUGCUUUUGGAUUGACAUUUUGGCACGACGUCCGACGUUUUUCUCUAGUGCUCGGAGCUUCAGGAACUGAAGUCUGUUCGCACGGGGAAGCACAUGGCCGGAUCCAUCAGCACCGCCACUCCGGCAGCGCCACCUCACCUUGUUUUGUCCUUACACCACAGCAUGUUGUUGAUGGGCGUGAUUACACUUAGUGUCGGUGCCUUAUAACGCCAAUAAUCCCUCCCGAGAGCCAGCCCAGCAGCGUCCUGUAAUACCGAGUGAGGAAUUUCGCCCUGAAACUGGGUCCACUCCUAAGAAAUGAGUUGCAUGCAACUUCGCUUAGCCGGCAGCAAGCAUGGCCCCUGAAGGAACCCUAGGGGUUAUCCUGGUUCCCCCCAUAACCUAACACAACCUCGGUUCUCAUUUUGAAAAAAUAUAUAAAUUACCGAUAAAUGGCUUCACGCAGAAAUAGUCGUCCCUUACUGGCGGAGUAAAGCCCAUCGCAGAGCCAGGUGCCGGGGCACCUUGUGCCGCACAGGGAGAGCUGCUACGUGGGGGACUUUGAGUCGUGUCGUGAUGUGAUAGCGCAUUAUACAUGCGUGGUACGUCCAACGUGUGUGGCAGUCUCUGCAACAAGUUGCGCGACCGAUUGCUUGCAAUUUAAUUGGUUGUAUCUGCGUCACUACCACGCGAUGAGCAUCUGUGCAAUGUGGGGCCUCCGUGUCCAAUAAAUGAGCGGCUAGGAGACAGAAGUGUGCGACUGGUGCUGGGAGCGCUACUUGGCGUGUAGACCACAGGUCCUGAAGACAUGGUCAUGUGGAAACCAGGACUACUGGACACAUGGUCAUGUGGAAACCCGGCCUACUGGAGACCAGGCCUACUGGGGACCAGGCCUACUGGAGACGGGCUUCUUGAGGUAGCCUCGUGGAGACAUAUCCUACAGCCACAGCCUCAAGGAGGCUGGGCAGAGACAGGUACUUGACGAGAUGGGGCCUACGAAGCGUCAAGGAGACGGGACCUGUAGACAGGGGUCCAUUGGAAUUUAGGUCUACAGAGCCUCAAAGAGAUUAAAAAUAAACACACAAGACCUCAAAGAAACAGGGGAAAAAACCCAUAAAAUGAUGAGCCCUGCAGAUAGGGCCUCAUGCAGAUGGCCUACGCACAGGUAGGGAGACAGGGCAUCGAUAAGGAGCCUAAAGACAGACAAAAUAAACCCUGAAAGAGAUGAGGCCUGUUGUCUCGGCCUCGCUGUUGCACCACUAUUUGAGUAGAUAACCUCGCAUUCAAUAAACCUUCAGAGCCAGGGUGAACAUCCGACUCCAAACGUAUUUAAUGAAUUGAAUGAGGUAAAAUUGAUGGAAAAACAGCACAAAUGCAGCAUCUGUUAAUGCUUGGAAAUAUCAAUACAAUGAAUGAACACUACAGCAUCAUAACAUUGUCUUCAAUAACAUGAAACUCAAAAUAGAUCCUGGAUGGACCAGGCACCUACAUUAGUACUGAAUAGCUAUACAAGAGAAUGAGCUACUGUUAAAUAAGGGCACAUCGUGCCAUCACCAUACUGCAGCCUAAAUGUACACCACUACACACAACACUGAACUGUGGAUGAUAUAUUUUCGUCAUCCUUGCUCUCAAGAUCGCAAUAAGGUUACAUGGGUACAAGUCUGACUCGACUUAUUCCAUUACAAGUAACAUUCACAAUAAGGCAAGUGGCAGGCUUCGUUUUGAACUAGGCCUCAUAGUUAUUCUAACAAUUUAACAGCAUUAUAAAGGCAUUUACAUAAUUAUAACGGUCAUUCUAACAUUAUAACAGCAUUCACAGUAUUAGAAGAACAUAUACUAACUUACAGACUGCUUCUUAAAGUCCCACAAUGAACAGAUGCACCUGUCUUCACUGAGACGCUAUUUGUGCCUCCAUUUUGUACUCUGUGUAAUGGCUGAUACCUUGCGGCAUGGCUCAGAGGAUGUAAAAUCGUAACUUCCUGGUCACGUGACCAAACUCAACAUAAGUACAGGAAAUUCCUGUGUACGCCCACCCCCACACCUGCCGUGAGGAAGAACACCUGUAGACAGGGGUCUCGUGGAGACAGGGCCUGCAUCCAUAAAACAUGUUUUUUGGGUUGAUAUAAAGUCUCCAGAGAGUGUGGGAGGCACCACCCUCCUGGCUCCACUAGGGGCCGCUUAUUGAAGAAGACCGCAUGUAUUUCGCGAUUCUUGCUCUAAAUCUCUUCCCUCACCUGCGGCUCAAGGCAGGACACUGACAUGGAGCUGGGCCACAGUGACACCAUCAAUAUAAUCAGCUCUAACACCAUCAUCAUCAGCAUUUUAACCAUUAUCAGCAACAGCAGCAGCAUCAACAACAUCAUCAACAAUCACUAUCAACACGAUCAAUAGACAACAGCACCAUCAUCAUCAUCAUCCCCACCCAUAUCUUUACCACCCAUUAAUAUGACAGUCAUUACUUGAGACCGGGCUUCAUCACAACUCAGUUUAUGUCCGCGUUUGGUCUCUGAAUGUGUCUCGAUAUUAGUCCAUGUGUCUGUAUAGAUACGUGGAUCUCUAGGUCCAUGAGUGUCUCUAUAGUUCUGUGGGUCUCUAUGUAGGUCUAUGGAUGUCUUUGUCUGUGGGUCUCUAGGUCCAUGGGUCUCUAUGUAGGUAUUUUGAUCUUCCAUGUGAGUCACUGGUGACCGGGCUGAGACCAUCAACUCAGUAGAAUUAAGAAGGCAGUGUUUUCGACACAGUCAUUGUGAACUUCCUGUGUCUUUGAACAGCACCUGCUCUGUGGUAAAAUUGAGCAGCAAAGUGGUGUGGCGAACACCAGGCUACGAGACACUGGGAUAUACGGGGAGAUGCGGAGACACGAGGAGACACUGGGAGACAAGUAGACAUGGGUAACACAAAGGGACAUUGGGACACACGGAGCAGGGAGGGAAGAGAGGUUAAGUCAUUUGCAGUUAUAUAUUUUUGUAGUUGACAUAUUAACACAAACUGAUGCAAAUUACACAGACACAAAGAUACAAACACAGUCACUGAGAGAAAAUAACACAUACCCAGACACUCGAAGUCACAUAGAUACCAUUAGAGAAAAUAUAUCCCGAUAAAUAGAAUCAGAGAGACAGUCACAAAGACACUUGUUAAUCAGAGAUGUAGACACACCAGGAAACAGUGUCACAGAGAGACUCGGAGACUAAAGACACAAUCUAAGACAGAAAUACCUGGAUUCAGAGAUAACAAUAGCCGCCAUUCAUCACUAAGUGGCGGUAACAUCACCACGACGUUUGUGCCAGACUAGGAGCACGUUGAGGCCAUAUGAAGUGUGUAAGGCUCGUGGGCAGGAGAUCAUGGGACAGACCCAGGUACCGUGGGUUGACUGAGAUGACCGGCAGAUGCACCACCUUUUUUCUCCAUGCGGCCAACUAUUACCAACGUUGUAAGUAUCAAUCUUCUACAUUCCAUUGUUGUAGGGUCACGUGACACGAAGUCUACGCGAGCAGAGUGAGGGAAUUGGUGGACCGGCUUGUUUUCCAAAAAUGUGUAGUGACAGAUCGGAGACAGUAAUACUUGGAGGCACUUAUUUUAUUUAACAAGCACCAUCUGGAUAAUACACACCCUACGUGGGUGCACACUAUUAUAAUUAAGACCGUCUAUUGUCGGCAGCACUACUUAGUUAGAACAGUUGGUAGGCUGUCUGACUAACAGCACCCCGUGAUGGUGAAGACAGAGACGAUGACGAGGAGAUGGUGACGACAACGAGAUGGUGAUGACGAUCUUGAACAGCAUGACGGGGAUUCCACUUCCAGCAACAGCCUCGAGCUCCCACUCAGGGCCCCCUCUUAUACUCCCAGCGUGGCCUUGCUCCGCCUCGGCCACGCCCCCUUUCUGGAACCUACGAGCGGGUUCCCGGGGCUUCCCGAUGGACCCCUUCUGUGCACUUUCCCCUAGAUGUUCCCCUCUCGUAUAUAUCGUGGCCUGCUGACGCUAGUACUGCCGUACACUGCAGUUACCCUUUUCCGCCAGCAGCCAGCGCUAUACCACUACAUCACCCUCCCCCCAUGAAAAAAACAGCCAUCUCGGUUGACAACAAUCACGUAAUAAGAAGGGGGAAGGCCCUACAAGAACGUGUGCGAACACAUUACCAUAACAGGGAGGGUUAGCAGACAUCAGUAAGAAAACCCCGUAACGAUUCAAUCUGAUCUGCGAGGGAAGCGCAGCAAUUCACGACGUCCGCUGCCGCGCUGCAGCCUGCGAGCAUUGGGAAGGACCCCAGAUCAACCGCAAGCCACAGCCUGGUUCGCGGCGGCAGCCACCCGCCGGACGACGUCAGAACACAAUUGACAUGACAGCCGAAAGAAGCGCUGUUGGAGCGAGUCCUCGACGCCCGUCCCCCAUCUUGAGCAGGAACUUGCACCCUGGGGACCACCGGGACAUGACACAAACAGCCUAAAGGGUGCGGCCCCUCCCUGGGAGAAGAAGAUGGCGACUGGGCUUCCACACGCGGUCUUUCACACGGAGGCGCUGUCAGGGGAUCUCCAGACUUUGGGUUCUGGGAUCCUGCGGGCAGCACAACGCAAUCCUUCUGAAGCGCAACUUCCGGGCUCAUUCACUCUGGCUUGUUGGACACAUCAGACACCCGCCACUCUGGAGAUGGAGAUGAACUGUCUACAUAGGGUCGAACAUAGGGUUUUAACCAUAAUGGGUGCACAAAUCAGCGACAGCGACCGACCUGUAUAUGCACGCACUGCAGCCUCAUUGUUGUAUAUAUUAGGUCCUGAAAAGUAAGAAGAAUAAAACUAUUUUAAUUAAAAAAACGUGUAAUUUUACAAAUUUCUGUUCAUUUACAUAAUUAUGCAAAUUUGUGCAUUUAUGCUAAUGAGACUGCUUCGUUGUCUAGGGUAUUAACAAUGGUGAUAAUAAAAUGAAAAAAUGUUAUUUAUGAAUUAUGCUAAUGUGUGCAAUUAUGAUCAUUAGGCUCUGCUUCGUUGUCAAGGGUUAUAUUCACAAUGGUGAUAAUAAAAUGAUUCUCGCUUUAACUUUUA